GGGAGGGCCAUGACGUCAUUGUGUUGUGGAGCGGAGGAGCAGAGCUUCAGGAAUGGAGCCUAAGCUGAUAUUUGAGAAGGAAGGGGUUUACCUCCACACCAACGUCAAGAAAAACAAUCAGGACACCUCCCUACCUGGUUUCAUCCGUAUUGUUGAGCGGGGGGGCGAGCCCUCGCUGGAGUGGAGCCCGCUCGAGGAUGCGGGGCGCAGCACACCGGCGGUUUUCUACACCAAGAAGGACGGAGAGGGAGGGGAGGAGGACACCAACUUCGACCCGGGCUACGAGCCGGACUGGGCCGUGAUCAGCAACGUGAAGAGGGCCAGGGAGCCAGUCCCGGUCAGGAACACGGGCGAGUGGUCCUUCUCCCUGCCGCUGUCGGAGCUCUACUCCCUGAGGAGGGCCCGCUUCUCCCUGGGCCGUAACUACCUGGUGAUGACGAGCCGAGGGGGCCACCCGCUGCCGCCGCUUCACUUCCACCGAGGGGGCACCCGGGGCCUUCUGCGGGCCCUGCAGCGCUACAUCGUCCUGGCCCCAUCCCCCAUGGACGGGCGGCUUUUCCUGGCCUACCCCCACGACUCGGGGGCGCUGUCCCAGUCCUUCGAUGAGCUCAACCUGAUGGACGACGGCAGCUCGGACCUCGUCUCGAGAUUCAUGCAGGACCCGUACGCCACGACCUUCGGGGGCUUCUCCAAGGUCACCAACUUCUUCCGGGGGGCACUCCGUCCGCCGGACUCCCCCCUCCACACCAUGGGGGCCCCGGGGGCCAACGGGCACACGUCCAUGGAGGAGGAGCCAGGAUUCGAACUCAUCACCUGUGGGGCGGAGCUUGGGCCAAGGCCAGAAGUACUCAGAGGAAACCCGCUGGACAAGUGGGAUGAGUUUCUGGAUCCGGAGGGGCGUGUCCAGAACCCGGAGAAGAUCAAAGAGAUCGUGUUCCGAGGGGGAAUCAUUCCAUCGCUCAGGAAAGAGGCCUGGAAGUUCCUGCUGGGCUUCUACCCCUGGAACAGCACCACCAAGGAGCGGGAAGACAUCCUCAGGACCAAGACGGAUGAGUACUUCAGGAUGAAGGUUCAGUGGAAGUCUGUCAGUGAAGGGCAGGAGAUGAGGAACUCCCUCCUCAAAGGAUACAGAAACCUGAUUGAGCGGGACGUAAACAGAACCGACAGACACAACACGUUCUUCUCCGGGAACGACAACCCUGGGCUCACCCUGCUCCACGACGUGCUGAUGACCUACUGCAUGUACAACUUUGACCUGGGCUACGUCCAGGGGAUGAGCGACCUGCUGGCCCCCCUGCUGUUCGUCACCCAGAACGAGGUGGAGUCCUUCUGGUGUCUGACCGGCUUCAUGGAGCUCGUGCACCACAACUUUGAGGAGUCGCAGGAGGCCAUGAAGCAGCAGCUGCUGCAGCUCAGCCUGCUGCUGAAGGCCCUGGACCCCGAGCUGUGUGACUACCUGGACUCCCAGGACAGCGGCUCCCUGUGCUUCUGUUUCCGAUGGCUCCUCAUCUGGUUCAAGAGGGAGUUCUCCUUCGAGGACAUCCUCCACCUGUGGGAGGUUAUGUGGACCCGCCUCCCCUGUGACAACUUCCACCUCCUAUUGGCCUGUUCCAUCCUGGAGUCCCAGAGAGGAGAGCUGAUUGGCUCACAGCACGAUUUCAAUACCAUUCUCAAGCACAUCAAUGAGCUGACGAUGAAGCUGGACCUUAACACGGUGAUCUGUGGAGCAGAGGCCAUCUAUCUCCAGCUGGCCAUGUGCAAGGAGCUGCCCCUGAAGGUGAAGGAGGUGAUGGGUCUCUACGCCGCCUCCAGCUCCGAGGAGGAGAGCCCAGAGGCGGAGUCCCGCGAGGUCCAGACCCGCCAGACCCAGUCCCUGUCCUCCCAGCCGCAGCCCCCGCCCGGACCCCCAACCCCCCAGCCCCGGUCCACCGCCCCCCCGCGCCCUGCCCCCCCACGGCCCGCCCCCGCUCCCGCCCGGCCUGAGCCCACCUACCCCUAA